CGGCUGUCUUGACUUGAACUUUCACUUCCUCCCACGCAAUUCAAAGAAACUUGCUGACAACGAACAGUCCAUAAUCGCUUCGCAGUUCACGCAGCCUGUAAAUAUUGACAGCACAACAAGUAUAUAAGCCUGCCGCGCAGGCGAGAGGAGACGUUUGUUGAAAACGACUUGUCCAUCGAUGCCUUCGAACAGCACUGCCAAUCCGUCCGAGUUGUCUCGUGACAACAACAACAACAACAACAACAACAACAACAACAACAACAACAACAACAAUAACAACAUCACCACGAGCCAUCUUCAUCAGCAUACGCCAUCAUCACCGCCGCAAGCCACUCCGACCAAGCGCCGCUUCGACGACUUGAACCUGAAGGAUAAAGGCGCCCAGCAGUCGCACCUCCACGCCGCCGCAUCAUCCACCACCAACACUGCUGCUCCCAACAAGCGCUCCCGCUCCGAACUGUUCGCUGCCUCUUCCGCCGUCCACCCGACAACAGCCACAACACCUCCUACCAUGUCCGCCAAACUCAAGGGCAAACGCCCCGCUUCCGGACCGCCCGAGGUAAUCGACCUCACCCAAGGAAGUAACAACUCCGCAGGGAGUUCGCCUGUCGCCACUUCUUCUCAUUCGGACAUACGAGGGCCACCACUAUCUUCCUCGCACAGCACGGGCCGUACGUCAACAGCGCCGCUUAACCCCAAGGGCGGCGGCAUGGCCACGGGCAAAACACCAGGGGGCACCAACUACCUCCAAACACACAUUGGCGCCCGCCGCCUCGUCGUCAAGAACCUCCGCCCUGUCGCCACCCAGACUCAGACCGAAGAAGCGCACUAUGCACGCAUUCGCGGCGAUCUGGAUACGGCGCUUAGAGCUAUCUUUAGCGGUCACGGUGCCGGUGCCGGUGCCGGUGCCGGUGCCGCUCCUGCUCUUGGGGGCUACAGUCCUAGUCCCGGCGGCCCAGGUGGUCAGAGCCGAAGCGGAGCGGCGGGCAAUAACACCACUACGGGCGGCCAACCCAUGGAGAAACUAUACCGCGGGGUGGAAGAUAUCUGCCGACGGGGCAAGAAGGAGAGUGGGGAAUUGUACGAGUGGUUGAAGGAUCGGUGCAAGGGGUGGUUGAACAGUGACGAGGUGCUCAAGUCGUUAUUGGCGGCUGCUCCGUCCAUAGCUUCAGACAUGGGAGGCGAAGAGGAUGUGAUCCUGCUCAGGGCGGUGCUGGCCGCUUGGAAGAGGUGGAUUGCGCAGCUUUUGGUGAUCAGAUGGAUCUUCAGCUACUUGGAUAGGAGUUAUCUACUUCCCGGUGGUAGCGGGACUAGCGCGGAAGGGAAGGGUAAGAGUGCUAGUGGAAAAAGGGAGGGGCCAACGAGUGUCAAUGAUAUGGGCAUCAGUGCGUUCCGCAGCGCCAUGUAUAGCUCGAGGAGCAGGAACGGCGCAAAUAUGCUGACCAUCGGCGCACGGGUGGUUAAUGCUGUGUGCGUGUUGGUUAUGUUUGAUCGGCUCGAUGACAGCAGAUUCGAUUCGCAGCUGUUGAGGGAAUCGGUGGCCAUGUUGAGGCUCUGGGGCGUGUACGGCAAGGAGCUGGAGCCCAAGUUCAUCAACGAGUCGAGAGAGUACGUGAGGAGGUUUGCGGAAGAGCGCAGCGAGUCGUGCGGGCUCAAGGACUACAUUGUUGCUUGCGAGCGGCUGCUCAACAAGGAAAGCGAGCGGUGCGAUGUGUACAACUUUGACAGCACCACCAAGCGCCAGCUCAAGGACGACGCGCACGACAUUCUCAUCUUCAACUAUGCGGAGAAGCUGCUGGACAGCGGCAGUGUCGCAAAGUUGCUGGAUGCAAACGACCUCGAUUCCAUCAAGGCCCUGUACGAGCUGCUAAAGUUGUCAGGUAUUCAGAAGAGGCUGAAGGGACCGUGGGAGCAGUACAUCAGAAAGGCGGGUGCGGCCAUUGUCAGCGAUACAGCUAGGGGCGACGAAAUGAUUAUUCGCAUCUUGCAGCUGCGUCGCGCGCUAGACGUAAUGGUUCGUGAUGCGUUCGGCAGAGACGAAGAUUUCACGUACGGGUUACGCGACGCUUUCGGGUUCUUCAUCAACGACAAGUCGGUAUCAUCGUCGUGGAAUACGGGCACCUCGAAGGUGGGCGAGAUGAUCGCCAAGCACAUUGACAUGUUGCUACGCGGUGGUCUCAAGACGUUACCCAAGGCACUGUUGUCCGAUGUCAAGGACAGGCAGGAUGCCGAAAGGAGCGGCAUUGCUAGCACGGCAGAUGAAGAUGCUGAGCUGGAUAGACAGCUGGAUCACAGCCUGGAGCUUUUCCGGUUCAUCCAGGGCAAGGACAUCUUCGAGGCGUUCUACAAGAAGGACCUCGCGCGCAGACUCCUCAUGGGUCGCAGUGCUAGCCGUGACGCGGAGAGGAACAUGCUGGCCAAGCUGAAGAACGAGUGCGGUUCAAGUUUCACCCACAAUCUGGAGAUCAUGUUCAAGGAUCAGGAACUGGCCAAGGACGAAAUCGCCUCCUACAAGACCUGGCUAGCCGGUAGGGGCGAGGACUCGCCCGUAGCCAAUUCGGAGCUCGACCUGAGCGUUAAUGUCCUAUCAGCCGCCGCAUGGCCUACCUACCCCGAUGUUCGCGUCCUGUUGCCGCAAAAUGUGCUGGAUCAUAUCACUACGUUCGACACGUACUACAAAUCCAAGCAUACCGGCCGCCGUCUGACAUGGAAGCACAACCUCGCGCACUGCGUCGUCAAGGCCCGCUUCGACCGCGGACCAAAGGAACUACUCGUCUCGGCCUUCCAAGCCAUCGUCCUCGUCCUCUUCAACGAAGCCGAAGAAAAGUCUCCGGACGGGAUCCUCUCCUACGAGCAACUCGCCUCAGCAACGGGGAUGCCCGACCCCGAGCUCCAACGGACUCUGCAAUCCCUAGCCUGUGGCAAGACGCGCGUCCUCAACAAACACCCCAAGGGUCGCGACGUCAACAAGACCGACACCUUUUCUAUCAACAAGUCCUUCACCGAUCCCAAGUUCCGAGUCAAGAUCAACCAAAUCCAACUCAAGGAGACCAAGGAAGAGAACAAGGAGACGCACGAAAGGGUCGCGCAGGACAGACAGUUUGAGACGCAGGCGGCGAUUGUGCGCAUCAUGAAGAGCCGGAAGAAGAUGGCGCAUGCGCAGCUAGUGGCCGAAGUGAUUAACCAGACGAAGCAGAGGGGGGCGGUAGAUGCGGCGGAUAUCAAGGCGAAUAUAGAGAAGCUUAUCGAAAAGGAUUACAUCGAGAGAGAGGGUGGGAAUUAUGUCUAUCUUGCGUAGAUGUUGAGCUUGUGGGUAGGUAGGAAAGAAAGGGAAAGAGAGCGUCACUGAGUGAGGUUGAAGCAUUUUUUUUUGGGAAGGUAAACUUGGUUUUAGUAAGUUUGUUGUAUUGUGAUUCUAACGAAUGGCGGCUUUCUUGGUAUCUGGGUGGGUUUUGGAACGGGAUGCAUACACGAACGAAUAAGGGCUUUUUUUUUCACGAUGAAAUGGAAAUGGAUUCA